GAGGAGGACACCUGUGACCUGAAGACUGCCCUUCGGUUUAAGGGUAAGUGACCCUGCCCUCUCCUCCAUCUCCAUGCCUACAUAGCCCCACACCCUUCUCUCUCUCUCUUCCCUCGUUAUGUUACUUUCAUGUGAUAUACCCUAAUAAUUAAAUCUUCCACUCUCAGUGGCCUAAGGGAAGAAUCAAUUUUUUAUCUUCAAAUCUUCUUCCUUUCUUAGCCCACUGUCAAUGAUGGGAGAUGGGUGUGUGAUUCAGGCCACACCCAGUUCCAACAAGAAGAAGAACAAGAAGAAGAAGAACAAGGGUGGCACCAAGAAGAAGAUGACCCACGACCAGGUUCUCGCCUUCAAGUUUGUCAGUGAGUGGGUUUUCUUGGAUCACCCUUCUGCUUCGUCAUCAUUUUCUUCUUCUCCUUCCGCUGCUUCCUGUGUUGUGGAUGAUUUCGGGGUGCAGAAACCUGUGGGGAGAGGUGGGGAGAAACUCCUCUUUGAAUUGCAUUCACACUCCAAAUUCAGUGACGGGUUCUUCUCCCCCUCCAAAGUUAUUGAGAGAGCUCACAUCAAUGGCGUGAAAGUUCUUGCUCUGACAGAUCAUGACACUAUGGCAGGCAUUCCUGAAGCUGUAGAAUCAGCUCGUAAAUAUGGCAUCAAGAUUAUUCCAGGUGUUGAAAUUAGUUCCAUAUUUUCUCCAAGAGGAGACUCGGAAAUAGAGGAACCAGUUCACAUUUUAGCAUAUUACAGUAGUAUUGGACCAACGAGGUUUGAGGAGCUGGACAAGUUUCUAUCGAAUAUAAGGGAUGGACGUUUUCUUCGUGCAAAGAACAUUGUCUUAAAACUGAACAAGCUCAAAUUACCUCUUAAAUGGGAGCAUGUUUGCAGGAUUGCUGGCAAGGGGGUUGCCCCCGGGAGGCUUCAUGUUGCCAGGGCCAUGGUUGAGGCAGGUUAUGUAGAAAAUCUAAGACAAGCCUUUGCUCGGUAUCUUUUCGAUGGAGGACCUGCUUAUUCCAAGGGAAGUGAGCCUCUGGCAGAGGAAGCAGUAAAAAUGAUUUGUCAUACUGGGGGUGUUGCUGUUCUGGCUCAUCCUUGGGCAUUGAAACAUCCAGUUCCCAUAGUCAGAAGGUUAAAAGAAGCUGGUCUUCAUGGGAUGGAAGUCCACAAAAGUGAUGGAAAGCUUGCAGCAUAUAGUGACUUGGCUGAUGCUUAUGGGCUUUUAAAGAUUGGAGGGUCAGACUAUCAUGGGAGAGGAGGGCACAAUGAAUCUGAACUGGGAAGUGUGAACCUUCCAGUACUAGUGUUGCAUGACUUCCUUAAGGUAGCUCGACCUAUCUGGUGCAAUGCCAUCAGGGAGAUAAUAGAGUGUUAUGCUGAGGAACCUUCUGAUUCUAACCUAGCAGCAAUUACAAGGUUUGGGAGAACCCGCAUUUUAAAGGGAGGUUCACCCUUGAGUUGUGGACAGGACUUGAUUGAUCAUUGUUUACCUCUCUGGUUAUCUAGCCAGGAGAUGGAAAAUGCUGAGUUUGAAGCCAUCAAGUUAAAGCUUUCCAAUGUUUCGGUUAGUCAGGUUCUGGUAGAGACUUAACAGUAGUUGUGUGUGUAACUUGUGUAUGCCACACAUUAAUCAUUCUCAUUGUUGUUGCUAGUUAAUCUUAAUAUUAAUUUUGUUAGUCAAGCUCAGUUUGUCCA